UUUUUGACAACACGCAACCCGAUGUUCAUGCACAUUUCUCUGCAACACCUGAUGCCCAUCCUAAUUUUUCUGCACUCCUUGGUCGCCUUUCCUCGCUUCUUCGCCGCUCUCGACCCAAUGAAGCGACCGAAACUCAGCAACCUCCAGUGCCUUCAGAGUCACGUUUGCAUGCGCUCCUCAAUCACCUGUCCUCACUCCCUCGCUCUCCACGUAACGCUGAUGAAACAUCCGAACUUCCGCAACUCCCAAUACUUUCGCGUUUACAUCCACAGGUGCUCCUCAGUCACUUGUCCUCACUUUUGCCCCGCCCUCGACUCUACACCGACGAAGCACCCGAACCUCAGCGACCCCACACUCCCCCAGUCUCACGUCUAGGUGCACUGAUCGGUCGCCUGUCCUCACUUUUCCACUCUCGACCCAACGCUGGUGAAGCAAUCGAAUUCCAGCAUUGCGCAGGGCCAGUUACCUCCUCUCAUUACAGUUCCCAUGUCGUCGAUAUUGCCACGAUGCGGGACAGGGAG